AUUCAAAACAAUCACAAAUACCUUGGCGCGCACACAGUAACGCCUUGAUUCAAACAAAAAUGGAAGAUGUAAGAAAUUCAUCGCUGAAAUUAUUCACCGAUCAACAGCUCUGCUACGCCGAUAUCCUCACUCCAAUCGAGGUUAGAGCGAGAAUCGAAGUCUCCGUACUCAAUUUCCUGAGGAUUUUAACUUCUAAUGAUCCAGCUAUCUCAGAUCUCGCUCUGAUUAAGAGAAAUUCGAGUAAUAGCAGAGUGAGUCGCGGAUUGUUGACCGAUCUCUCUUCAAUUUUUCUCUCUCAUUCGUUUUCUACGAGAUCUUUAAUGAAAGCCAAUGCAGCUAAAUCCUUUGUUAGAGUGUGGAAGGUAAUGGAGGUGUGUUUUGAGAUUCUUGUUCAAGAAAAGAAGGUUACUCAGAGGGAGCUUUUUUAUAAGCUGCUUUGUGUUUCAUCUGAUUAUUUCUCAUCUCAGUUGCAGGUUAACAGGACUAUCCAAGAUGUUGUAGCCUUGCUUCGUUGCAGCCGUUACAGUCUUGGAGUCAUGGCAUCUAGUAGAGGAGUUGUUGCUGGGCGCUUGUUGCUUCAGGAGCCAAACCAAGAGGUCCUGGAUUGUACUGAAUGUGGAUCUUCUGGAUAUGCCAUUUCUGGUGAUCUGAAUCUCUUGGACAAAUUGAUUAUGAAGACUGAUGCUAGGUACAUCAUUGUGGUGGAGAAGCAUGCAAUUUUCCAGAGGUUGGCAGAGGAUCGUGUCUUCAAUCAGAUUCCUAGCAUUCUCAUUACGGCAAAAGGAUAUCCUGAUAUUGCUACAAGGUUUCUUCUUCACCGAAUAAGCCGAUAUUUCCCUGAAUUGCCGAUUUUGGCACUGGUUGACUGGAACCCCGCUGGAUUAGCUAUACUAUGCACUUUCAAAUUUGGUAGCAUAGGGAUGGGUCUUGAGGCACACAGAUAUGCAUGCAACGUGAAGUGGUUAGGAGUGCGAGGCAACGAUCUACAGCUAAUACCUGAAGAGUCGUUUGUACCUUUAAAGCCCAAGGACCUGCAGAUUGCUAAAAGUUUGCAGGCCUCGGAACUUCUACCGGAGACUCACCGGGAAGAAUUAGGAUUAAUGGUUCAAAGUGGAAAAAGAGCAGAAAUUGAGGCUCUAUUUUUCCAUGGAUAUGAUUUUCUGGGAAAGUAUAUAGAAAAGAAAAUUGUGCAAGCUAACUACAUCUGAGUUAAUAGUUGUAAAAAUCAUGGAAUAGCAUCAAAAUGACGUUCCAAUGCUGCCUGUAAUGUACACCACUAACCACUAAUACAAUGGUAGAAGGAAAAUAAGAACAUGA